UAAAUUAACAAAAAUGGAUUGUUCCCAAAGUACUGAUUAUUUGAGCUUCACUGAAAACAAACUUGCUCAACCCUUCGUGGCUAAUGACAUAGUGCUCUUCACUGGAGAAAUCUAUAAGAUUAACAGAUACUGGACACAGCAAAAAUAGAAUUCUCUGAAUUACUUCAAAAUAUGUCAUGAAUUUGAAGAGAGAUAGAAGCGGAAUGGAUGAGCACAAUAAACCUGAUCUCACAGGUUUAUCAGUGAAACGGAUCAUUGAUGUUGGGAGUCUAAGGGCAGUCACUAAAUCACUUAACCCUCGAUCAAUUGAAUUCAUCAUUCAUGUCCCAAGCGAGUAUGAUUAUCGAUAUUCUGCUAAAAAUGAUACAAUUCGGGAUGAAAUUAUCAACGCCCUGAAACUAGCUUUUCUUACAGAAAAGAAAGAUGACCUAGUUAUUUAUGGAGUCCCUGACCGCUACUUGGGAAAAUAUACAAAAACCAGUAAGGGGUUUAGGAAGAACAACAAAAUUCCAGAAGAUAAUUUUCUCUUACAAGAAGAAAAGCUUGCUUUAGGAUUUGAACGUACUAAUUCAGCGAAUGCCUCACCUUUAAAGCCCAGAUUAAGCCUUGAUUCGGAUGAAUUGGAAAUCAUUCCUUAUGAAGAAAAGGAAGAUAAGAACUCUCUGUAUAAAAAGGCUCACUCUGAUGGAGGAAAUGUUGAUACUGAUGAGGAGACCAACCUCAAAAAUAUCACAAAGGACCAUGAUUCUGACCAAUCCUGAGGAGAUGAAGAACAAAAAAUCCUUGAUGAAAUCUCAGAUGAUGAAAACGAGAUCAGCUUUAACUUAGACGAUGAGGAUUUUGACAUUUUCUGUGAGCGCUCAGAAACUAUUUAUUCCAAAAAGAAUGAAUCUAACAAAAUAAAUGCCAAAGACUUCGCUCUCAAGAAGCUACUCAGGAGCACAGAUCACGGGAAGGUCUACCUAGCUGAACACACAAAGAGCAAGAAACUUUAUGCACUCAAAAGUAUUAAGAGGGACAUUUUCGUAAAGAAGUUUAAAACAGUAGACGUUCUAAAAGAGCUGAGCGAUCAGCUAGACCAUCCCUUUAUCUGAAAUAUAGAGUUUGCUAUUCAAAAUGAAUUCAGAGUCUAUCUGAUUAGUGAUCUCCUCAAAGGAGGUGAACUCUCCAGUCUUAUCAAGAGCAAAACUUUAGAUGAAGAAUGGGUGAAAUUCUAUGCAGCUCAAUUAGCAUUAGCCUUAGGAUUCAUGCAUGAACAUGAAGUGAUAUACAGAAAUCUUAAGACUUCAAACAUCAUGAUAGGAAAUGAUGGAUACAUCAAGAUAGGGGAUUUUGACUCAUCUAAAAUAAAUAAGAAUGGACUAAACGGAAGUAUCCUUAACCUUUCUGAAUAUCAAGCUCCUGAAGUUAUCCAUGACCAGCAAUAUGACUAUACUGUUGAUUGGUGGGCUCUUGGAAUUGUCAUGUCUCAGAUGCUCUUUCCAGAAAUAAAAUUUAGUAAAGAAGGAAUCGAAUUUCCAGAAUCGACAGUCUCAGAAGAAGGGAAAAAUCUGAUUUCUAAGCUGCUUGAAAGAGAUAAAAAGAAACGUCUUGGAGCGGAGAAUGACAAAGAUGAUGUUCUCUCUCAUAAUUUUUUCUCAAAUAUCGAUAUCAAUAGUUUACUUAAUAAAACUGCUGAGCCUCCUUACAAACCUUUCAUUAAUCCUAAUGAUCCAUAUUUUGUAACAAACUUUAAUUCUGAAUUUCUGAAGCAGCCUCCGAGAGAAAGUGUGAUUGACAAGAAAGAAAAGGAGAGGAUAUCUCGAGAGGUUGAACAAAUUCUUGACUAACUGACUUCUUUCUCUCAGAAUGACAUAUCAGGAUAGUUUCCAGCAAUCUUC